GGUCCCGGCGGCCGGUCCUUGGCCGCAGCCAUUCCAGGCUGCCGCGCCAGGCGGCUAGCGGCGGGCUCGGCACGGGUCGAGGUGCGACGCGGCCGCCGGGGGACGCUUUCCCAGGGCAGAGGCUGUUUGGCCCGUGGGCGGGGCUGCCGGGCCAGGGCGACAGCGGGAGCUGCCGUGUCUCAGGGCGUCGGCGGCGGAGCUCGCGAUGGCGCGGGCGGCACAGUGCUUGUGAAACUGAACACAAGAAAAGUAUGGAUAUGGGAAACCAACAUCCUUCUAUUAGUAGGCUUCAGGAAAUCCAAAAGGAAGUGAAAAGUAUAGAACAGCAAGUAAUUGGCUUCAGUGGUCUAUCAGAUGACAAGAAUUACAAGAAACUGGAGAGGAUUCUAACAAAACAGCUUUUUGAAAUAGACUCUGUAGAUACAGAAGGAAAAGGAGAUAUUCAGCAAGCCAGGAAGAGGGCGGCACAAGAGACAGAGCGUCUUCUCAAAGAGCUGGAGCAGAAUGCAAACCACCCACACCGGAUCGAAAUACAGAACAUUUUUAAGGAAGCCCAGUCCCUGGUGGAAGAGAAGAUUGUGCCAUUUUAUAAUGGAGGCAACCGCGUAACAGAUGAAUUUGAAGAAGGCAUCCAAGAUAUCAUUCUGAGGCUGACACACGUUAAAACUGGAGGGAAGAUCUCCUUGCGGAAAGCGAGGUAUCACACUUUAACCAAAGUCUGUGCAGUGCAAGAGAUUAUCGAAGACUGCAUGAAGAAGCAGCCUUCCCUGCCGCUUUCGGAGGACGCGCAUCCUUCAGUCGCCAAAAUUAACUCUGUGAUGUGUGAGGUGAACAAGGCCAGAGGCACUCUGAUUGCGCUGCUGGUGGGAGUGAACAAUAACGAGACUUGCAGGCACUUAUCUUGUGUGCUCUCGGGGCUGAUUGCUGACCUGGAUGCUUUAGAUGUGUGCGGGCGCACAGAAAUCAGAAAUUACCGCAGGGAGGUAGUAGAAGAUAUCAACCAAUUACUGAAAUACCUGGAUUUAGAAGAGGAAGCAGGUACUACUCACGCAUUCGACCUGAGACAGAAUCAUUCCAUUUUAAAAAUAGAAAAGGUCCUCAAGAGAAUGAGGGAAAUUAAGAAUGAGCUGCUUCAAGCACAGAAUCCUUCUGAACUGUACCUGAGCUCCAAAACAGAACUGCAGGGCUUGAUUGGAGAGUUGGAUGAAGUAACUCUGGAAAAAAACCCCUGCAUCCGGGAAGCCAGGAGAAGAGCCGUGAUUGAAGUGCAAACCCUGAUCACCUACAUUGACUUGAAGGAGGCCCUUGAGAAGAGAAAGCUACUUGUUUGUGAGGAGCACCCGUCACACAAAGCCGUCUGGCACAUCCUUGGGAACUUGUCAGAGAUCCAGGGGGAAGUUCUGUCGUUUGAUGGAAAUCGAACUGAUAAGAACUACAUCCGGCUGGAAGAGCUGCUCACCAAGCAGCUGCUGGCCCUGGAUGCUGUGGAUCCGCAAGGGGAAGAGAAGUGUAAGGCUGCCAGGAAGCAGGCAGUGAAGCUUGCCCAGAAUAUUCUCAGCUAUCUUGACUUGAAGUCCGAUGAGUGGGAGUACUAACAGCAGAGGUCUUCCAGCUGAUAUUUCCUGUUUUGCACUUUAUAUAUACUUCUAUGUAUUUACAGAGAGCUUUCAGUUCGUUGGGCCUAAAUGAGAUUUAUACAUGCGUAUUUCAAUCUCAGUAUUUAUGAUUCAAGCAAAUUAUAUUCAGUAUCUCAGCUGCUUUUGAUGUCGCAAAACAAAUAUCAUUACAGCACAUUAACUUUUCCAUUUGGAUCAUUAUCUGUAUGUUGUGGUGUGGUUUCUUUAAUCAGAAAGUAGAAUAGCGAAGGCUUUUGUAAUGUUUAAAUGGGUUGUGCAAGCAUUAAAAUACAGAUAUUUCAGAAUCUAGGCAUAGACAUAACCUUACAUAAUACUAGAACAAUUAUGAGAAAGGAGAAAAUUUUUGUUUCAAUAGAAGAAAGGUCCAAGCACAAAAGUAGUACAAUGAUAUAUUUUAUUAUGCUAAAUAAAGCAGAAGGAUUUUUUUCAUUUAUAAAGACUGAUUAGUCCCACCCAGUUUCAUAGGGUGGGAUUUUUUGUUUGUUCCGAUGGUCUGUUCUUUCAUAAACAUUUUUUGUUUGAAAAACAAUGUCUGUAUUUUCCCCCAUACUCUUCGUUUAGAGGGGAGAAUCAUUUUUGUGUGCAACAUAAAAUUAUGAAAAUUAAUAGCAAAAAAGCCUUUAAGACUGCAUUGGAGAAGGAAUAAAACAGCAGCUAACACCUUCAAGUUUUUGUUUGUAAAAUCUGAACUUAUCAUUUUCCUUAGUAAUUUAUAAGGAUGGAAACAUUUAAAUGAAGUUACUGGACUUUAAAAAAAGAGGGAAGCACUCAUACCUAUAGUAGGAUAAUGAGAACUGGAGAUUAGUUACCACUGUCAGCUUGUACUAAAAUUAAGCAAAAGUGUCUGAAUGUAGCAUGUAAUGGGCUGCUUCUGUGGUUUCAGGCUGCGUAACAGACAGACUUGUUAAACCUGCCCAAUGCCGUUGUACAAUGUCUGAGAGCAGGAACUGUCUGGAGCCCUGCAGGACCAGGCCUUUAUAUCUUGUCAGAGAAGUUAUCAUCAGCUACUAGCAUCUUAAACAUGGCACUCCUGGGGACAAAGUAGCGAAAGCUGCUCUGGUUGCCUGCUCCUUAGCUCAUGUUGUUGGCAUGUGGAUGUUUCUCUAGUGCCUAAAAGAGCCAGUGAAGUCUAUCAGUGCAUGAAGUGUUUCUUUCUUCUGCUAAAGGGUAUACAUAUUUCUGUAAAUACUUUCUGAGGGUCCACUUUCUCGGUUGCCUGUUACUGUGAACAAAGGAAUUCCCCAGAGUUCUGAAGUGCCUUGACAACAUGUUAGUCCCAGUGUUAUAACUAGCAGACUCCUUUCUGUAGUCACCUUUCACAAAAAUAAUCAUAUUAGAAUACAUCUUUUGAACUCUAUAGUAAUCUGUUAUUCUCUUUCUGAGGUAGUAAUUUGGCAACUUUGUAUGGGGAAAUUAUUCCUUUAAACAGCUAAAGAUGUGAUAAAGGAAUAGCCCUAAAUACCUAAAAGAUAAUAAGCCCCCAACAGAUUUUCACUUUGUUUCAGUAUUGCCCCCAAAUUAAAAGCCCUUGACAUGUCUUUCCUAGAAUGUUCUAGAAUCAUUGGAUAGUGGGGUCAAAGGGCAGUUGGGGUCUUUGGGCAGUGCCCCUCCCAUCUGCAAGGUCAUUUCCUGGCAGCUGUGGGCUCUCCCAGCGCAGGUCAUGGGUAGCUCAAGCUCAUUUUGGCCAAAGUCGUUUUAGGAUUGCUAUUCUUUGUCAGAUUUUAGCGUGCUCUUAACAUCUUGAAGACUAACUUCGAGCACUGUCCCAGUUGUACCACUGGGAAGUCGAGGCCGUCCUCCGGUUCACUUCAGACACACCCCACACCAGGCUCUUUCAGAUUUGAAAGUUCAGUGUCAGCAUUUCCUUUAAACAUAGCCGUUGUUCCUUGAAGGCAGAUGGAUAUUCCCCUAUUGUUCUUGCGAGCGGUUUCCUGUGGCUUUGGUGGAGGAGGCUCAGACUGCUAAGCCGCGAGCGUGAGCGCUGCGUGCGAUGGAGGAUACUGAACUCUUCACCGUCAUUGGAUUUCUCACGCGCUGGUUUCGGUCAUCGAAAUCGUCAGAUGACCCUGAGUGACUGUUAAGGCAUGGCAUUUCCUGUUUUCAGCUCUUCUAGUUCUUGUACCUGAUUAUUCUGCUCCCGUAAUGAGCCCUAGUGACACCAGACUUAGCUUUUCUUGUCCCUCGUUGGAGCUGUCUGUGUUAAUAUGGGCUGCCUGCCGCAUGUAGUUUGUAAAUUGGGCUCGUCGCAUUGUAUUGUAUUUUUAUGAUCUUACCUGAAGAGAAUCUGUAAUGGAAGUAAAACCUACCCCCUAAAAAUGUUUGGCCUUGGGUCUGCAUUAAACAGUAUAGUCCAUGUUCAUGCGCAAAAUGGCUGGGAAUGCUUGCUUUCUUCACCUGACAUGCAGUCAGCUUCGCUGUCAGAUCUUUCUUUAUCCAGAUUAAAGUCAGUCCAGCUAUAAUGAAGUCGUUAUGAAAAUAAAUGUGAUGAAUAUAUCUACGAA